GUGAAGACUCUACUCCUUGGAGUUACCCGUAUAAAAACACUGGCAAAAAGAAAGGCUCCUUAACAUCCUGCUGUGAAAUAAAAGGCCAUUGGAAGCCCUUCUGAGGUCAGAAUGAACCAUAAGAGUCCUAAAGAAAAUAGGAAUGAGGAAAACAGCUUAGCAUAUAGACCACUUAGGGAAAAUGAUGAGACAGCAAAAGAGGGGAAAGCACCUGUGAAAGAGAAGUACGUUGCAAAAGCGAAGGCAAUCCCUUCUCUUGGAAACAAGAAUAGAUUCCAGCCCUAUUCCAAGGAGAAGAAUGCAGGCUCUGGAGACAAGAAGGCUGUUAAUCGUAAUAGAGUUUUUAUUAGCAACAUCCCGUAUGACAUGAAAUGGCAAGCUAUUAAAGAUCUUAUGAGAGAGAAAGUUGGUGAGGUUACAUACGUGGAGCUGUUUAAGGAUGCUGAAGGAAAAUCAAGGGGUUGUGGUGUGGUUGAAUUCAAAGAUGAAGAAUUUGUUAAGAAAGCAUUAGACACUAUGAACAAAUAUGAUCUUAGUGGAAGACCCCUGAAUAUUAAAGAGGAUCCUGAAGGAGAACAUGCUCGUAGGGCAUUACAGCGUGGGGGAGGACAGUUUCCAGGAGGACAUGGACCUGAUGCAGCACCUGGAAUAAUGAAUUUACCACCUUCUAUUCUCAAUAAUCCAAACAUUCCUCCUGAAGUUAUCAGUAACUUGCAGGCAGGCAGGCUUGGGUCCACUAUUUUUGUUGCUAAUCUUGACUUUAAAGUUGGCUGGAAGAAGCUGAAGGAGGUGUUCAGCAUUGCUGGAACUGUGAAGCGUGCCGACAUCAAAGAAGAUAAAGAUGGCAAGAGUCGAGGGAUGGGAACAGUUACCUUUGAACAAGCAAUUGAAGCUGUUCAAGCAAUAUCGAUGUUCAAUGGACAAUUCCUGUUUGAUAGACCCAUGCAUGUAAAAAUGGAUGACAAAUCAGUUCCUCACGAAGAUUUCCGUGUUGCGGACAGCAAAGGCUCACAGUUACCUCGUGGUCUUGGUGGCAUUGGUAUGGGACUUGGACCAGGUGGACAACCCAUCAGUGCAACACAGUUGAGCAUGGGCGGUGGAAUGGGGAGCAUGGGUCCAGGAGGUAUGGGAAUAGACGGUCCAGGAUUUGGUGGAAUGAGUAGAAUGGGAGGCGGACUUGCUGGAUUUCGUGGAAUGGAAGGAAUGCCCAAUAUGGGAGGAUUUGGAGUCAACCGAAUGGGAGGUAAAAUGUUCCGUGGUGGAAUGGGAGCAAACAUGGAAAGGGAAUUUGGUCGUGGUGAGAUGGCACUGAACCGUGGUUUUGGAGAGUCUUUUGGAAGGAUGGGUGGUGCAAUGAUUGGUGUUUUUGCAGGAGGAAUGGGAGCACCUAGCAUGGGCCCAGUAAGAUCUGGAAUGAGUGGUGGAAUGGGUGGUAUGAACAGUAUGGCUGGAGGAAUGGGGAUGGAUCGGAUGAGCUCCGGAUUCGAUCGAAUGGGACCAGCCAUGGGUGGAGGCCUGGACAGGAACAUCGACAUCGACCGAGGGUUUGUGCCUGGCCCCAUGGGAAGUGGCAUAAGAGAGAGAUUGGGCUCUAAAGGCAACCAGAUAUUUGUGAGAAAUCUUCCUUUUGACUUGACCUGGCAGAAGCUAAAGGAGAAAUUCAGUCAGUGUGGUCAUGUAAUGUUUGCAGAAAUAAAAAUGGAGAAUGGAAAAUCAAAGGGCUGUGGAACAGUCAGAUUUGACUCACCAGAAUCUGCUGAAAAGGCCUGUAGGAUAAUGAACGGCAUAAAAAUCAGUGGCAGAGAAAUUGAUGUCCGCUUGGAUCGCAAUGCAUAAUUUAAAAUUCUGUGUUCAGGAACAUUCCUAUGUCUUGUUUAGCUUCUCUAUCUUAGCAAGUCAUUUUUAGUAACAUUGUAUGCUUACAAAAGAUGUAAAAAAGGAACUUUUAAAUCCCACCAGCCUUUAACAGUAUAGUGUUUAAUAUACUGUGAUACUUGUUAACUGAAUCUUACUAUGUUUGGUUUUUAAAGACAAUUUGCCUGAUUUUUGUUGUUUUUUUAGAGGCACUGAGCACCUGCAGGUCCCUGUUGACCGUGGAAGGUUUGGAUGCUCAGUGCCUUUGGAAAAUUAGGCCAAGUGUCUCUAGUCAUUCAGUUUAAAUGAAUGGUUAUACUGUUUUUAAUAAAAUAAGCCAUUUUCUCUGUUAAUCUCAAGACUGCAUAGUGGGAUUUAUUUAGUGUUUUCUGGUUUUUAUUUUUGCCCUUCAGUGUGUAUCAACAUUGUAAUGUAAAAAAUAGAUGUCUUUUUAUUUUUCAGGAUUUUGGUUUUAUAUGUGUGUUGUAGUCAUACUGUAAUUCCUGACUCUAAAAGAAAGGGCUCCAGUUAAGCUGUGAUGUUUUUGUUCUUAAUAUUACUUUGAUGACAUGACUUAGUUCUGUAUAUAAGACUUAGAGCCCAGUGGGAGUUUGGAGUUGGUUUUUUUAUUUUAUUUUAUUUUGACUAAAUGAAGAAACUGAUCUUUUCCUCCUGCUUUAAUUUUUUUCAUCAGUAUAAUCACUGAUUAAAACUAGUUACCACAGACCCUUGUAGGAUUGUUUCCUAUGAUGCCAAGUUCGUAUAAAAUUGCUAGUACAGUAAAUACUAAGUACAGUACAAGACAAAUGGUUCCCAGUUUUUUAUCUAUUUUCCAGCCAUUUAGGUGAACUGCCAGAAAAAUAAAAACAACAGAACAGAUAAGAGAAAUGGCUGUGUAUGUCAGACCACUGCUGUUCACUUCUAUGGGUCCUGAUGUAUUUAUGAAGGCAGUUUUUAUAAACCAGGGUAUUCCCAAACAGAGCAUAUCAAAUACGUUGGAUCCUACAAUGUUAGACAUAGCCAUAUCUCCAUUUCCUGUAAAAGAAGAAAGGCAAAUAAGUUUGCUUAAUUGUAUUGGAUGAAAUUACCAAACUGUUUUGGAGGAACAGACUGUCAGCCCUCAGUUUCUCACAGAGCACUCUUUUCAGAUUUUGCAUCGAAGGAACUGUAGUCAUGAUUCUACAGAACACGGUUUUGGGUACCACAACCAUAAAAAUAUCUCCCUAAAUCACCAGCAUCUGCACAGUUGCACUUAAAAUAAGCUAGACAGGCUAAGGUCCAGUUAAGUUUAAAAUACCAAGACCUACAGUUGUGUUCUGCAGUAAAACUGUAAUACUUGAUCAACAACAAAUAGAUCAAUCUAGAAUACUUCUCUGAGAUACUCUGAGAAGUUUUGAAAUGUCUGAGCCACAGCUUUUUCAGGUAAGCUAUUUAUUUAUUUUUAGUAAACUUAAGCUCUAGAAUCUGGAGCACAAAUUUUGAAGUUACUCCUUGAAUUCCUGGAAGUGUUGACUAGAAUUCUUUUUUUUUCUUCAUACCUCUUAAACACAUCCAUUGGCAUGAGGCGGAAUACUAAAAUCUUUACCUUUUCGAGCGACCAGCACGCUUGCAACUGUAUCUGGUACACUUGUUCCUGCUGCUAGUAAUGUGAGACCCAUUACUGACUCUGGAAUUCCCAGUGUUUCACCUGCAGUUGAUAAAUAACGGUGGAAAAUGCAAGUAUGUUUUUAGUUAGGUUUCAUCCAAAGACAGUGCUUUGCACUAUGUUUGCUAAAGAAAGAAUUAGUAAUCAUAUGGUAAUUUCAAAUGGAAUGUGUCAGCUAACUUGACUACAUAUGAAAUGACUAAAUCACAAAGCAGUUCAAAACAAGAGGAACAACAAAGAAAUACCAUCCUGUCCUUGUUCUUUGAUCAAAUAAAAAAGGAACUGUAGUAUAGUAACCAUCUUAAGUUUCUCAAAGACCUGUGUGGAAUGUCUCCAGUGGUCAAGAAAAUAGCAGUUAUGAAUUUUUUCUUGCAGAUAAAGUAGAUGUUUAAAUAUCUAACAACUACUUUUUUUUCUUUCUUUUUGCUUUCAACUUUAGAAAAUAUAGUCUCUCUUACAGUUUUGGGCGUCUCCUCGUUAGCGUUCGAAAGACUUAUGAAGCAAUAACUCUUAUAAUCACCCUCUCUAAAGGGGAAGGGGAAAAGCACAUGAAUUUUCUUGGGUAGGAGGGUCAUUAAGAUAUUAGGAGAAAACUGUCUCAACUACAUGUUUACCAUUUUGCUCCAAUUAGAAAGUACUUGGAUUUGGAAGAAUCAAAAUGCAGAAUUUUUAUAUGACUUGUAAGUACAAGUAACCCUUUGGAAGUGUGAGUUCCGUUAGGUAAAUACUUGUUUAAAUGAAGAAAAGUUUUAAACUGUUACUAAAAGGGCAGCUUAUUUUUCCCCCACUGUCUAUUUUUCUUAGCCCCACAUGUCCUGUGACUCUGUUAAUUUUUCAGUUAAAAUACAGGGAUUCAUCAAAACCAUUUUAGCAGUUGUACCAUUCACAAUGGUCAGUAUGCUGAAGUGUUUGACACCUCUGUUCAAGCUAUUAAGUAAUUAGUUUUUCUUAAACUUUUUUGUUCACUAAAAACUAUCUUAAUAUUUUUUAUUGUUGAAAUCUGAAUUCUUACUUGCAGUAUUUCAACUCUAAUAAGAGCAAUUUUAAUAAAAUAAGAGGCAGUGCUCUAAGCUAGGUCAGCAAUGCUUGUUUAUUACUUACCAUCUUAGUCUAGAGCAGCCCAGUAAAUUUAUGUUUGAAACUGUUUGUUGGUUCAGAGGGACUAACAUGAUCCUGUUGCAGAAUUUGUACUCUCUUUAUCCUUCCAUCGCUCCUAACAGAUUUGUAGGAUGAGCGACCAACAAAAUCAACUUUUAUAAACCAUCCAGGCUGGAAAAUAAUGGGUCAAACCAAGGUGAAGUAUGAAUGAGCCAGCCUUAUGUACCCAACAGUAGUUUCUAGCCCUCUGAAGGUUAUAAGACAGAAUAUAAACUCAGGAGAAUUUAAUUUUUCUUUUUAUUAGAUAGAUUUAUCUUCUAUUUAAUGUGUAGGGUUGUGUUUUUUUUUUUUCUGGCAACUGACCAUAAAGAUAGAAUAGUAUUAUUUUUCUAGCCUUUAGUUAAUUUUGUGUAUCAGUGGCAAUGUCUUGCUAUAAGUAGUCAGAUUUUCUUUGCUAGCAACAGAAAGGUGUACUGAGGUAGGUUUGUUCUUGACCAUCUAAGUUUAGUCCCCAGCUGUGACACCUUUGUGACAAUUCUGAUAGGCUGAUUAUGCAACGAUAGAAUCUUUGAGUCAACCUUCAUGAAAGAAUCUGGACUUGAAUAUAAUGUGUGUGUAACUUUUAGUGUUUUAACAUGUAAGUAGAACAUAUUUUACCUAGAAAUAGUGGGCCAAAGACCCCAGUACUGCCUGUGAUGACUGUUGAAGGUGAACUAAUACACUACUGAAUCUCCACUGUACCUGCUUUCAUAUGAAUUAAUGCUUUGUCUUGUAGAACAGCAAUAACUUUGACUUGAAUCCUGUUUCAAAGGCUUCUAGCAUCCAGACAGUGAACAGUGAACCCUUGCUCUUUAGAUACAACUGGAAAAUUAUUUGACCAAGGGGUGAACGUGGUGAUUGUUGUAUCCAGCCAUUUACUAGUUAUUUCUCAAAGGUUUACCAAACAUGUAGGUCUGUUUCUGCACUGAACAAGGAGUUAUUCAUAUCUGAGCUAGCACAAUGCUUGAGUAGGAUUAGUGAACUAUAAGGUGGAAAUGGCAAGCUUUGUAAAAUUUCCUUCUGGUUUAGAGUUUUGUUUUCUGCUUGUUCUUAAAAUUAAAAACUUGAUUUCUUUAAAGCUGACUGGAGAAAUAGUGAAAUGAGGAGACCUUUAAUACCUUAAGGUACCUUAAAACAUUUAGUAGAAUGUUUUUACACACAAGUUCAUACCCCUUCCCUCACUUAAACACAAUCCUUUCACUGCUUCAGUUUUUGAUGAUGCAGAUUUGUAAGAGAUCUACAUACACACACACAUCAAGAAUGGUUAAUAAACACAUGAUGCUAUAGUUGAAAUAAUAUAGUACAAAAAUUUGGGACGUUUUUUGGCAGUUAAUUUAAUGCCAAGUCUCUUACUAUAGCACUCAUGAAAAAUACAGGUGCAGAAAUAACAGAUCUUUUCCAAAAACCUUAACCUCUAAUUCCAGUCUUUGUGGAUUUUGUGUUUGUCAGCCUUCAGCAUGACAAGUUUAUUGCUGUGUAUCUAAUUGUUUCCCUUAAUGAGCAGUUUAAUGAAACUCUUUUUAAAUAUAGGCUGGUUUUUUGUAGCUACAGAAACAAAUCCUCCUUCCUGUGAUGGUAAGUAGUGUGAAGCAGCUAAACUCAAAAGUGUUCCAUCAUUAGAUGGAAGAGGGUGGCCAACUAAGCAGUCAAACAUAAGUUUCUGUUGGGUUUUCCUUGUUGUGUUUUUUUACAGUGAAGUCUGAGUUGCUAAACUGACGGUUGUGGAAAGGGAAACUUCACAGGGAGAAAAUGUUUUUUCAGUGAUUCUUGGUUGGUUGAUGCUGUAUAGCAGGAGCACUUUGGGUACCUACCUGCUAUUGUUAUCAUCCAUACGAGAACAUAAGUUAUUGCAGAAAUCCAUGCUGCUGAAAUUAAAAAUGUCACCAUGAACCAGUUCCUCCAAAACUGUCUUCUGCAAUCUGGUAUAGUCAAAUAGAGUAGUGUGAUAAUGGGAAGCGAUAACACCCACAAAAUUCUCUUCAUAUCUGCUUCAGGCAUGGUGAAGACAUUUGGAUGAUCUGGUGAAGAAAAAGUAACUAUUUUAAAUUGUAGCAUUAAUUAAAUUUGAAUCCAUAGCAUACAGUAUAUUACUGUCCUUUACUUGUGAGAAUACUGAAAAAAGGUAAAAAAUACCUCCUCAAGUUCCAGCUGUAGUAUUGCCCAGUACCUGCAUCACUCUGGACAAAAUUUUGAAAUCAAGUUACUCAUGGGGAGAUUCUGCUUGUACACAAGAAAA